AUGCCCAGGAAAACAGUUCCAUCCAUGACUGGAGAAAGUCCAACUCUGGUAAGGAGUGCAGUGAACUCCUCUACUAAACCCAGCUUGCAUACGGAAGCUGAACCCCAUGGAGGAAAAGUAGAACUCCGAAAGAAAGUGACCCUGCUACGAGGAAUCUCCAUAAUCAUUGGGACAAUCAUUGGAGCGGGAAUUUUUAUCUCUCCAAAAGGCAUUCUCAAACACUCUGGUAGCGUGGGAAUGUCACUCGUGGUGUGGAUUGCCUGUGGAAUUUUGUCUUUAUUUGGGGCUUUGUCAUAUGCUGAACUGGGUACCAGCAUCAAGAAAUCUGGUGGUCAUUACACGUAUAUCCUGGAGGCGUUUGGUCCGCAGGUGGCUUUUGUUCGUCUUUGGGCUGACAUGAUUGCUAUAAGACCGGCAGGUUUGGCUGUUAUCUCUCUGGCGUUUGGCCGUUAUGUACUGGAGCCAAUCUUCAUGCCAUGUGGGGUCCCUCCACUUGCCAUUAAACUAGCAACAGCCAUUGGAAUCACCAUGGUUAUGUACAUUAACAGUAUGAGUGUAAGCUGGACGGCUAGGCUUCAGAUCUUCCUUACGUUCAGUAAACUCUUAGCCAUCGCCAUCAUCAUAGUCCCUGGACUGUACCAACUGUUUAAAGGAGAGACCAAAAGCUUUACUAAAAUGUUUGAGGUGGACAGUGUUCAGCUAAAAGGCCUGCCAUUGGCCUUUUAUUCAGGAAUGUACGCCUACGCUGGCUGGUUUUAUUUGAAUUUUGUGACUGAGGAGGUGGACAAUCCAGAGAGGACGGUACCACUGGCAAUCUGCAUCUCCAUGGUGAUUGUGAUGCUCUGUUACAUAUUGGCCAAUGUGGCAUACUUUGCAGUGAUGUCUGCUGAGGAACUGUUAGCCUCAGAUGCGGUUGCCGUGACAUUUGCAGAGAAGUUGCUGGGGAAUUUCUCUGUAGCGGUUCCUGUUUUUGUGGCCCUGUCAUGCCUUGGUUCCAUGAAUGGAUGUCUCUUUGCCUUUUCAAGAAUGUUUUUUGUGGCAUCUCGUGAAGGUCACCUUCCCGAGGUCCUCUCCAUGAUUCACAUUCGUAGACACACACCAUUACCUGCUGUUAUUGUACUGUAUCCCAUCACACUGUUUAUCCUGUUUGUGGGGGAUAUCUACAGUUUGCUUAACUUCAUGAGUUUUCUGCGCUGGCUGUUCAUUGGUGUUGCUGUGGUUGGCCUUAUAUACCUGCGAUACACCCGUCCUGACAUGCCACGGCCUUUUAAGGUCCCACUCUUCAUCCCUGCGCUGUUCUCCUUCACCUCUUUCUUCAUGGUCUUCCUCUCUCUGUACUCUGACCCAGUAAACACAGGCAUCGGCUUUGCCAUCUCACUCACAGGGAUCCCGGCUUACUACAUAUUCAUCGUCUUCAACAGGAGGCCCAAAUGGCUGCAGAGUCUCUUAGAUUCUAUGAACAGGUCACUGCAGAUCAUUAUGGAAGUGAUCCCGGCAGAACAAUGA